AUGGAUGCAUUAUCCUUAAGCUCAAGCCUAAGCAUUUGCAAGCCCUCUCAAUUUCAUUGCCUCCCACUCUCAAGUAAGCAGCAAAGAACUUGUAAUGUGAAGUUUGGUGUUUCAUGCAGAGCCACAACAACACAUGGAAACUUGUAUAAAAUGUUGUCACUGAGUCCAGGAAGUGCAACAAUGGAUGAGAUUAAGAGAGCUUAUAGAUCAAUGGCUCUUCAGUACCAUCCUGAUGUGUGCCAUGAUCCUUCAAGGAAAGAGGAGUCAACAAGGAUGUUUGUGCAGCUAAACGCAGCUUACAAGACUUUGUCCAAUCCUAUGCUCCGUGCACAGUAUGAUACUGAAUUGGGUUUGAGAAGCAAAAUGAGUGUUGGUGAUCAUCAUGAGAAAUGGGGAAAUGGGUUGCAAGAGCAAGUGAUUGAGUUGAAGAAAAGGUCUCGUAGACGAAUGGGACAAAAAGGGGGUUCAUGGGGCAGCAGAAUGAGGACAAAACAUGAAAGAUAGGGACUCAUUUUCUGGAGCUUGUUGCUAUUUUCAUGU